CACACACACACACACACACACACACACACACACACACACACACACACACACACACACACACACACACACACACACACACACACACACAGUUUAUCAACCAAACAACACGUACUCGUCUUUUUUAAGCAUUGAGUCUCUGUGUGGUCAAUCCGAAAAAUAAAACCGUAAAGAUAAUUUAAACAGGAUAUGAAGUGUGUGUCUGUGGCCUGUAUGAUAAUGUCAUUCCCUUCUACAGCUACCUGUGGCUUUCGAGAACAUUUUGUUAAAUUACAGUGAGUUUGUCACACAGUCAAACACACAAACUUCAUCAUGGCUGGACGCAUGCUGUUUGUCAUCCUCGUGUAUUUCUUUCAAUUGUAUGAAGCACAAGCUCUUCUCCCACCAUCACUGACAGUGAAUCCACCGGUGAUCACAGAGACAGACUCAGUCACUCUGCACUGUCAGACUCCACCAUCUGUUUCUGUGCCUCAGUGUUAUUUCUACACUUUAAGUGGACACAUUGUCAGAGUUUUCUCUUGUCUGAAGACACUGACAGGAACUGAGCUGCUGGAGAUGUCCCAACAGAGAUCACCUGCUGAGGUUCAAGUGAAAUGUUUUUACUCUGUAAAAUAUGGAGGGUCAAAUUCUCUACAUAGUGACACGUCCUCCAUCACCAUACACAGUCAAAAACCACAGAUGAGUCUUCAACAUUUUCCUGGUGAACUCGUUCUCUUUAUCUGCACUCUGCCUGGAUCUGCUAAUCAUGAUGCGAGAUGUAACCUGUACUUUGGAGAAAAAAAACAUCCAGUCCAAACAACCAGCGGGAAGAGAAGGGAUUCAAAGAAUCGGCUGUUCUGCCAGUUUACUUUCAGAGCCGAUGACUUUCUAAGACAUUUACAUUUUGUGAAAAGACAUGAUGCCAGCUGUGAUUAUAGUUUGGGAAGUGAAUCCGACUCUUUGUCUCCUCGUAGCGAUGGAUACAGCUUGACUGAUAUUGUGGGAAGAGAAUCAAAUAUGCGCUCCACAAUAUCAGCUCCUACUAUCCCCACAGAUAUUGAGGAAAAGGAGAAACGCUUGACACAGACUAUGACGACAUCUACUAUGACCACAGGUCUUACUGUUGGAUCAGGAAACACUGGUAGUUUCAUAUCUACAUCCAUAACACCAGUGAAGCCAACACAAGGUCGAACGCCUCAUAAGUCUAGCACUAAAGCUAUUUUCCCACCUGUGACCCAAGUGAACCCAUCAUCAGAAACAAGGAAAAGGAAGUUGGUAAUAGUUGUGGCUUCUCUUGGAGGUGUUAUCUUAUUCGGACUGGCAUUUCUUUCGACCAGAAGAAGAACUGGUGAGAACUUGAUUUGUGUGACCGCCAAAGCAUGUGUCCUCCCUGCUCAUUGUAUGCCUGUGGAUAUAAGGGAAAGCUCAGCAGUGGAGAGAACUUACAGAGUGGUUAUGAUGAGACGUACAGCAUCGUCACUUAUGAAUGCAGCCACAUUGAAUGACAAACGCUAACCACAGCGUCUCAAGAGGAACCAUCUGCAUCAGACCACAGAGAUAAUGUGUGCAGCAUUUGAAAAACAGUUUGAAGUUAUAGAAUUGUGUUUCUCAGAGAAAUUUGAGAUGGGUCAAACACAAGUUGGAUUUGUUCAGUUGAGUGUUGUAAUAUACUAAUUAAUAUACUACAUACAUAUUAAUCCAUGUUAGCCUUCUCCGAAUCAAUACAUUAAACAUUUAAGCUUUUAUAUCUUUAACAUGUAAGAAAAUGGAUGAAGAGUCUCAAAGGGUUCAGGUUACAGGGGGAGAAUAAGUUAAUCAGUUGUUUGUUUUAGUUUUAUUUCAACUGAGGCAGAAGAAGUAAAAAAGUUCAUGGAAAAAGUGGGGGCCUUGACUUUACUUCAAUACCAACUAGAACAAAAAACACAGCCUGUGCAGCAUAACACUGAACAUAUGAAGUGAAAUAUGGAUUGCAGAGUUGUAUGUUCAGGACAAAAAUGAAUUAACUUCAUGUUUGAUUCAAGCAGAACAUGAACAAGCUAAGUGUUUCUGUAAAGUUGUGAGCAGCGUGUGAACACAUGAUGAACAGACUCUUUCAUUUUCUUCUGAAACUGUGAGCUGACGCUUUGGUAGACCUGAUAUAAAUACAUAACAUGUUCUAAGUUUUUAAUAAAUUGUGUUAAAUCAAGUAAAUGCACAGUGUGGGCGUUUCUGUGGCCUCUCUGUUUCAUGUGUGAUGCUAGCUGUGGUUUUCCUGAGAGCAAGUUCUGUAAAUUGACACUGAAGUACAUCAAAGCUCACAUACUCAGAGACACAAGCUUCUUCUAUCUGAGAAGUCUUAUUCAGCUUCAUCAUGGCUGGACGUCUGCUGUUUGUCAUCCUCAUCUGUAAGUUAUACCUUCAGGAGAGUUCUUCAUUAUUAAUAUAGACUUUUACAAACUACUGUAGGUUCAAACCUGCAGACAUUUUGUCUACAAUCAUGUGGCAUAUUUUACCUCCUGUUCUUUUUAUGGUUGUUCAUUUCAUACCUGUGUUUCAUUUCAGUUUUUAUCUGGAAACGUAUUGUUAAACUGUGGUGCAGACCUUUAAAUGAGUUCCUGAAAAAAUAAAGUCUAUUUUGGUCUUUA